GUGAGAGGGUGGUGCUGGAGGGUGGGAAGGUAUAGGAGCGCGAGGCCUGGCCCGGAAGCUAGGUGAGUUCGGCAUCCGAGCCGAGGGACCCUAGCCAAAGAGACAGCGCUGCUACCCAGCCUGAGUAUCUGGUCUACGUCCCUGAUGGGAUUCGCGUCCGAACCGUCUGGAGUCUGCAGCGAUCCAGUCUCUGGCCCUCGCCCAGGUUCACUGCAGCUGCCUAGAGGUCCCCAGGAGCAGCUGCAGGCGAGACCGCUUCUGCAGGAACGUAUGGAGCCAUUCCGUAGUGCCAGUCCGAGCAACGCACUGCCGCAGCUUCUCUGAACCUUUUCAGCAAGUUUGUUCAAGAUUGGCUCCCAAGAAUCAUGGACUGUUAUUAUAUGCCUUGUUUUCUGUCAAGACACCAUGAUUCCUGGUAACCGAAUGCUGAUGGUCGUUUUAUUAUGCCAAGUCCUGCUAGGAGGCGCGAGCCAUGCUAGUUUGAUACCUGAGACCGGGAAGAAAAAAGUCGCCGAGAUUCAGGGCCACGCGGGAGGACGCCGCUCAGGGCAGAGCCAUGAGCUCCUGCGGGACUUCGAGGCGACACUUCUCCAGAUGUUUGGGCUGCGCCGCCGUCCGCAGCCGAGCAAGAGCGUCGUCAUCCCGGAUUACAUGAGGGAUCUUUACCGGCUGCAGUCUGGGGAAGAGGAGGAGGAAGAGCAGAGCCAGGGGACCGGGCUGGAGUACCCCGAGCGCCCAGCCAGCCGGGCCAACACCGUGAGGAGUUUCCAUCACGAAGAACAUCUGGAGAACAUCCCGGGGACCAGUGAGAACUCUGCCUUUCGCUUCCUCUUCAACCUCAGCAGCAUCCCAGAGAAUGAGGCCAUCUCCUCUGCAGAGCUCCGGCUAUUUCGGGAGCAGGUGGACCAGGGCCCUGACUGGGAACGGGGCUUCCACCGGAUAAACAUUUAUGAGGUUAUGAAGCCCCCAGCAGAAACAGAGCCUGGACACCUCAUCACACGACUACUGGACACCAGACUAGUCCACCACAAUGUGACACGGUGGGAAACUUUCGAUGUGAGCCCUGCGGUCCUUCGCUGGACCCGGGAAAAGCAGCCCAAUUAUGGGCUAGCCAUUGAGGUGACUCACCUCCACCAGACACGGACCCACCAGGGCCAGCAUGUCAGGAUUAGCCGAUCGUUACCUCAAGGGAGUGGAGACUGGGCCCAGCUCCGGCCCCUCCUGGUCACUUUUGGCCAUGAUGGCCGGGGUCAUACCUUGACCCGCCACCGGAGGGCCAAGCGUAGUCCUAAGCAUCACCCACAGCGGUCCAGGAAGAAGAAUAAGAACUGCCGUCGUCAUUCACUCUAUGUGGACUUCAGUGACGUGGGCUGGAAUGACUGGAUUGUGGCCCCACCAGGCUACCAGGCCUUCUACUGCCAUGGGGACUGUCCUUUUCCACUGGCCGAUCACCUCAACUCAACCAACCAUGCCAUUGUGCAGACCCUGGUCAACUCUGUUAAUUCUAGUAUUCCCAAGGCCUGUUGUGUCCCCACUGAACUGAGUGCCAUCUCCAUGUUGUACCUGGAUGAGUAUGACAAGGUGGUAUUGAAAAAUUAUCAGGAGAUGGUGGUGGAGGGAUGUGGGUGCCGCUGAGAUCAGGCAUCCCUGAGGAUACACACACACACACACACACACACACACACACACACACACACACGUUCCCAUCCAACCUCCCACACAUACCACACAGACUGCUUCCUUAUAGCUGGACUUUUAUCUUUAAAAAAAAAAAAAAAGAAAAGAAAAAAACCUAAACAUUCACCUUGACCUUAUUUAUGACUUUACGUGCAAAUGUUUUGACCAUAUUGAUCAUAUAUUUU